AUGGUGGAGGAGGAUGAUCUUGGCUGCGGCUGCCUGAAGCGACGGAGGCCUAUGUCAGAUGUGCCUGGCCUCGACAGGAAGUUGGCAGCUGAGAAAGACUUGGUGCUUUUCCUGAAAGUCACUCACUUCGAUUUCAACAUUACCACGCACCAUCGUAUGCUGCGGACAAUUUACACAAAGCUGUCGAGAACGAAGGUUUGUCCGAGCAUCGGUCGUCACUGGGAAGUGCUUGGCUUCCAGGGUGGCGACCCGCGUACAGAUUUAAACCGCUCUGGCGGCUUGCUGAAUGUCUUGCAAAUGUUCUACUUCUUUUCCCACCACUUCGAGCUUUUAAAGUCUGCCUAUUUGCUGGCCCAAGAUGUAGAGCAGAACUACCCUCUGGCUUGUGUCUCCAUCAACAUCACAAAGAUGGUUAUCGAGGCUUUGCUUGCAGGGAAAUUGUCGAGGCUUUGCAACAAGACCAACAGCAAAGGCGUAUUUGACACCACUUGCAGAAUGCACAGUGCUGCAUUGUACCAUUGGUAUUGGCGAUGGCGGACACAGAAGCGCAAGAUCGAACACACGGAGUUGACCUUCAACGAGGUGCGUGCACUGCUUUUCCGGCGCCCGGACAAACUGCUUGAGAUGUUGGAGCAGGGUCUUGCAGAAUGCAAGGCAAGAUCUGAUCCUUCUCGACUCGAGUUCACGGACCUCGACUUUGGUGCGGCGCGGCCCAAAGCAAAGGCCACCACGUCCUUACCAACAAGGCUCUGGCAGUAUCAAGCCAAGGAAUAG